CCCGUCUGGGCGGGCGGGGCAUGGAGGCCGUGGCGCGCAGUUCGGAGCGGGCCGGGGCCGCCAUGAGGAGCCGCGCCGAGGUGGACGCCACGCUGCAGACGGCCAAGCUGAACCCGGCGGAGCUGCUGCCGGCCGUGCACUGCCUCAGCUUCGGCCCGCAGGCCGGCGGCGGCGAGUGCUGCCUGCUGCAGCUGGAGCCGGGGCUGUGCGCCGAGCUGGAGGCGGGGCGCAGCCUAAUAAUUCGUGGUGAGAAGGAUGAACACGCAGUGUUGUGCAGCAAAGAUAAAACUUAUGACAUGAAAAUAGCAGAUACCUCAAAUAUGCUGCUGUUUGUUCCUGGCUGCAAAACUCCAGAGGAGCUGAAUGCAGAUCAGGCAUCUUGUAAUAUUAUUCAUUCACAGAUUGCUGGUUUCUCCAAGAACUAUUGGGAAUUAAGGAGAUGUCGACCAAAGCUGAAGAAACUGAGGAAGCUUUUAAUGGAAGAUCCAUAUGAAGGGCCUGAUAGUCAGAAAGAUCAGGCUUCAACAUUUUCAAAGUAUACAACAGAAGAUUUGUUAAGUCUCAUUCAAGCAAGUGAAGAAGAAAUACUCCACCAAUUGCAGGUUAUAGAUGCCUGCAAAAUCGAAGGAUAUUGGAGAAUUCUAGACUUUGACUAUGAGAUGAAACUCUUGAAUCAUGUGACUCAGCUAAUAGACUCAGAGUCCUGGCCUUUGAGUAAGGUUCCUCUCUGUGCCUGCCUUGAAGAACUUGGAUCUCUAGAACCCAGAGAGAUGAUAGAACACAUUCUUUUAAGCUACGGCAGGAAAUACGUUGAUGAUGCAGGGGAGGUUUUCUUUGAAAUGCAUGAAGAUAAAAUAUGCAGAGCUAUAGCACAAAUGCUUUUGCAGAAUGCAGUUAAAUUCAACCUGUCAGAGUUUGAAGAAGUCUGGCAACAGAGUGUCCCUGAGGGGAUGACAACAAGGCUUGAUCAGCUUCAGGGCUUGGCUCUUGUGGAUAAAAGUUCCAGACCAGAGACCAUCUUUCUGCUAAAAGUGGAAGACUUACCUGAAGACAAUCAGGAAAGAUUCAACAGCUUAUUUGGCAUACGGGAAAAGUGGACAGAAGUGGAUAUUACCCCUUAUAUACAAGACUUGUGUGCAGAGAAGCAGACUGUUGGUGCUCUUCUGACAAAAUAUGCUCGCUCCUCAAUGCUGAAUGGUGUAAAAGUUUAUAAUUCCAGAAGACCCAUCUCAUAACAAGUAUUGUUUGAAGAACUGAGGAUACUGAAUGUAGUAACAGUGAAUGUUGCUUGCUGCUGCCUUCUGGGGAGAAGAGUGGCCAACCAUCAUUGUACAAUGUACUUGAGUUUAAGCUAGGCUGCUUGAACAUGUGUCUUCUGCUCAGCUAAGGAGAGUGUGAGGACACUUGUGCCCUCUAAGGAAUGAUAUUCAGCUCACCUUCCUUUGCCAGACUUCUUUGCCAAUCUUCCUUUGCCCAACUUCUACUUCUUGAAUACACAUAAUCUGUUUAUCUGUAAGUCUGAAAUGAAAAUUUCAAACCUCCUUGAUAAUAAUUCAAUCAAUUGAAUUGAAUACCAAAAUGGAAAUUUUAGUCUUCUGCCCAUUAUUGGCCAUUCUUAAAGAUUAAAGUUUCAAUGCAGUGUUCCCA